CAGGGCGGGGGGAUCCCUGAGGAGCCACAAUAGGCCAGACGGCGCGCGCGUCCCCGAAGGGGCUGGGAGUCGCGAGGGGGCGGCGACGCCGGCGGGCCCGCGCGCGCGGGGCCGCCGCUGGCUCCGUUCCCUCCCCUUCCCCCUCCUGGCCGCCCUCGCUCUCCCCCGGGCGGCCGGAGACGGCGGCGGCGUCUGCGGGAAGCCGUGUGUCUCCGCAGUGACGUGGGCGGGCCGAGGGCACGGUGACGUCAGAGGGCUGUGUGUAGCGAUGUGUGUGGGGUUCGGAGCGGCGCCGGCACAGCCGAAGGGAGCGGGCGAGCGGCGACGGCGGCGGCGGCGGGCACAGAUUAAUUUAAAGAAGAAUGAAGUGUAAUUGUUGAAGAUAACUGGGCAAUUUUUUGUUAAGUAUCAUUUUCAAUUGUAGAAGUUCAAGUGGAGCCAGAGGCUCUUCUUACUGGUGUGAAGAUUUACACAAGUCUUCAAUUUGUCAGCACAGAUCAACAGACCAUUUUUAGAGGGGAUACUCCCCCUCUCCUUUUUGGUGUCCUUGGUGGCAAAAAUUAAAUUUGGUUGCAUUAUUUUGACUUGUGUUGGAGUCUAGGUUUUAUGAAACAGUAAUGGUAUAAACUUUACACUUGCUUUGCUUAAAAAAAUACUAACCAAAUGAUUGCAUUGAAGCUGGACCUCUUGAAUUGAGAAAUUGGUAACUUUGUUUUACACAUAUAUGAAGAAUCCAAGAAAAGCCUCCUCAGAAUUGUACCUCUUAAGAUUAUAUUUAUUACUAGAAGCAAAAGAGAAAUUUUAUAGUAUUUGCAGUGAAAUAUACUAGGAUAUAAGCAGAACCAAAACAAAGUUGCAAAAUCUAUUGUGUAAGAAGAUUUCUUUUUGGAAAUUUCAGUUUUUUAUGAAUAAAUUGAAAGUAUUUGAUACAGUUACUCUUCUUCAAAAUAAGCAACUAAAUAAAAAUGCAAAUCUCAGACUUAGUUAUUUAACACAAUAGUAUAGCAAUGGAAAACCUACAGGCAAAUUUCUCUUUGGUUCAGGGCUCAAAUAAAAAACUGAAUGGGAUGGGAGACGAUGGCAGCCCUCCAGUGAAAAAACUGUUGACAGACAUUCAUGCAAAUGGAAAAAUGGUAAACAAGGUGCCAACGGUAAAGAAGGAACACUUGGAUGAGUAUGGAGAAACACCAAUGGAAACUGAUGGAGAGCAUGUCAAGCGGACCUGUACUUCUGUGCCUGAUCCUUUAAAUUUAAAUCCCAGUUUGAAACAUACAUUGGCACAAUUCCAUUUAAGUAGUCAGAGCUCUCUGGGUGGACCAGCAGCAUUUUCCGCUCGGUAUUCCCAAGAAAAUAUGUCACCUACUGUAUUUCUGCCUCUUCCAUCUCCUCAGGUUCUCCCUGGCCCACUGCUCAUCCCUUCUGAUAGCUCCACAGAGCUCACCCAGACUGUUUUGGAAGGGGAGUCUAUUUCUUGUUUUCAAGUUGGAGGAGAAAAGAGACUCUGUUUGCCCCAAGUCUUAAAUUCUGUUCUACGAGAAUUUUCACUUCAGCAAAUAAAUACAGUGUGUGAUGAGUUAUAUAUAUAUUGUUCAAGGUGUACUUCAGACCAGCUUCAUAUCUUAAAGGUCCUGGGAAUACUUCCUUUCAAUGCUCCAUCCUGUGGGCUGAUCACAUUAACUGAUGCACAAAGACUUUGUAAUGCUUUACUGCGGCCACGAACUUUUCCUCAAAAUGGUAGCAUACUUCCUGCUAAAAACUCAUUGGCCCAGUUAAAGGAAACUGGCAGUGCCUUUGAAGUGGAACAUGAAUGCUUGGGCAAAUGUCAGGGGCUCUUUGCACCUCAGUUUUAUGUUCAGCCUGAUGCUCCAUGUAUUCAGUGUCUGGAGUGCUGUGGAAUGUUUGCACCCCAGACAUUUGUGAUGCAUUCUCACAGAUCACCUGACAAAAGAACUUGCCACUGGGGCUUUGAAUCUGCCAAAUGGCAUUGUUAUCUUCAUGUGAACCAAAAAUACUUAGGGACACCUGAAGAAAAGAAACUGAAAAUAAUUUUAGAAGAAAUGAAGGAGAAGUUUAGCAUGAGAAAUGGAAAGAGAACUCAAUCGAAGACAGAUACAACAUCAGGAAUGGAAUUACAGUCAUGGUAUCCUGUUAUAAAGCAGGAAGGUGACCAUGUUUCUCAGACACACUCUUUUUUACACCCCAGCUACUACUUAUACAUGUGUGAUAAAGUGGUUGCUCCAAAUGUCUCACUUACUUCUGCUGUAUCCCAGUCUAAAGAGGUCACAAAGACAGAGACAAGUAAGUCCUUAUCAAGACAGCCAGAGAAGCCUCACACUAUUAAUAAACAUCAAAAAACAGUGUCUUACCCAGAUGUCUCCCUUGAGGAACAGGAGAAAAUGGAUUUAAAAACAAGUAGAGAAUUAUAUAGCCGAUUAGAUCCAUCGAUCUCAAAUAAUUCUACAAGUAAAAAGAAAUCAGAGUCUGCUACUUGCAACUUAGUAAGAGACCCAAGCAACCAUGAUGCUGCAGCUUCAUCUUCCCUUCUUGUCAAAGAUGUUAUUUGUGAGGAUGAUAAGGGGAAAAUCAUGGAAGAAGUAAUGAGAACUUACGUAAAACAACAGGAGAAACUGAACUCAAUUCUGCAAAAGAAGCAACAACUUCAGAUGGAGGUGGAAAUGUUGAAUAGUUCAAAAGCUAUGAAGGAACUCACUGAAGAACAGCAGAAUUUGCAGAAAGAGCUUGAAUCUUUGCAGAAUGAACAUGCUCAACGAAUGAAAGAAUUUUAUGUUGCAAAAGACUUGGAGAAAAAAUUGGAGCAGGUAAUGAAGCAAAAAUGUACCUGUGACUCAAAUUUAGAAAAAGACAAAGAGGCUGAAUAUGCAGCACAGUUGGCAGAGCUGAGACAGAGAUUGGACCAUGCUGAGGCUGAUAGGCAAGAACUCCAAGAUGAACUUAGACAGGAACGGGAGGCAAGACAGAAAUUAGAGAUGAUGAUAAAAGAGCUAAAGCUGCAAAUUUUGAAAUCAUCAAAGACCACUAAAGAGUAGAAACUGCGAAAGAGAUUCAUUUGUGUAUGACUGACAGGGUUUUUUGUUUGUUGCUUGCUUUGGUGAUUGAAUCCUGAACAUCUUAUCUGCAUGAAGAUAACUAGGCUUUCUGUCCAUUUGUAGAUCAGAGAAAGUGAAGAGAUUAUAUAUUAGUACAUAAAUUUUUACAUUUUCCAAAUGAAUGAAAUGUAUGUUUCUUUGUACUUUUUUUCCACUCAGCUUGUUAACAGUAGUAUAUGGUUUCAGCUAGUAGAUAAUCUACCUAUAUUUCUAAUGCAAAAUUAAUAAUUGUGUACUUUUUAAAAGCUGCAUUAUUGAUGGAAGAUAGCUGUGGUCAAUUUUGUCAUCCAUAUUUCAAACUCAAUGUUAAACAAAAUGGUGGUAUCUAAUUCAAAUAUGUAAUGUUGAACUACUCAAGGAGUUGAGUCUCCAUUUUUUUCACCAACACAAUCUCCUUUCUGAAUUGAUAUAGUACAUUCAUUAUUAUAUAUAAAAUUUGCUUUUACUUUGUUCAGAAUGUGAAACUGAAUUUCCACCAAUUUUCUUCUUUUUGGUGUCUUCUAAAAGGAAUUUCAUUGAUGAAGUUAUAGCACACCCAUGACACAAUGGGCAAAGAUAACAUGCUUUAUUAGUUAUGCUUUGCUGCUGAACACAAGAAGCAGUUAUAAUUUGUCCUUCAAUUUAAAUGUGAUUAUAUUUAGAAUUUUUUUGUAGUGACUUCAGAAAAAUAAUUUCUGAACUUUUUAAUGGUGUUAAUAGUGGUGUGAAAAUAUUAAUGUUCUUAAGAAAACUGAUUCCAUUGAUGUACAUUGGUUUCUAUACAAUCCAUAAUCCUCCUGUACAGUUUUUAUAUGUAGUUAUGGGUCUUACUGAAAUUUAUAUAAUGGAUUUGUUUUCCUUUAAAUUAUAAAAUAUUAAACACCUUGAAGGUUUGGUCUUUUGUA